UUGUUUUGUUUUGGUAGUAGGAGUUGGGUAAGAGGUGGACAGACGGAGGUCCGUGCGGGAGACAGCCGCUCGCUAAAUGGGGAAAGCCGUAUCGGGGAUGGAAGAUGACGGACCGACAGCCGACGCCUGUAAAAUGCCGAGUUUAAUCAGCAGUUUCGAUGAGGGGAGGGUGAAAGUGUCCCGCAACCUGCCGACAGAAACUUCCCUCGCGGACAGCAAAGUUGAGCGGCCGGUCCGAGAUUUGAGCCGCCGUCUCACUGGAUCAAACUCAUCCCUGGACGGAGGUGAGAGGGAGUCGGAGGAGAGGAGCAGCGAGGAGGAGCGGGAUGAGAAGAGCAACAACAACAACAACUGCAACGGCGGAGGAGGAGAGAGGAGGAGGGCGAGCGCGGUGGAGAUUUUGAGGAGGAAUUUCGGGGUUUCGAAGUCUCCCUCUCUCCGUCUGAACGCGAACAGUCGGAUGCAGCGCGGCGCCGAGCAGGAGGACCACGACGGAGACGUUAAUAACGACGCUACAAGCGGUUCCGGGAGGGAAUGUGGCGCCCGCGAGAAGUCCGACCGCGAAACGCGCGAGGCGGGGACCGAAAACGAGCCAACCUUGAGCGAGUUGACGACUUCGGGUGUCCAAGGAGUUGAAUUAGGAACCGUUACCGGACAACGCCAUCAGAGGGGUGACGGUGACAGCAACGCGGUCACUUCAAACGAGUCUUUUAACACUAAAGAACACGUCUACUGCACGGUUUACUGCAUCGCUAACGACAGCCAUCGGAAAGACGCUGAAAUCUCAGACGAUGAAACGGUCACGUCUGACGCACCAGAAAUGGACUUGGAGACCGGACAGGAAGCUGGUUCGAGUCCCGAACCGGCGCCGUACACAUUGGACGACCUGGUGGAUCCUUUCGGGUAUAUGGUCCACCGGCUGUCCAUUGUGCAGGCCGGUGCAGAGACAACGAUGCAGAGUUGCCGGGUGUGCCUGGAAGGGAAAUCCAUCGCACCCCUGCCCUGCUGCAGGAAGGCCGUGUGCGACGAGUGUCUGAAACUCUACGUCAGCUCCCAGGUGCGAAUAGCCAAAUCUUACAUCAGCUGUCCGAUCCCAGAGUGCAGUGGCUACCUGGACGAAGGAGUGGUGAUUUCCCAUUUAGCCAACGAAGACGUGGCGAAGUAUCGUUACUUUUUGGAGCUGAGUCAGCUUGACUCGAGCACCAAACCCUGCCCCCAGUGCAGUCAGUUCACCUCUCUGAAGGAGCACAACCCCAACCGCUCCGAGCACAAGUACAAGAUCCAGUGUAACAAUUGCCAGUUUGUGUGGUGCUUUAAAUGCCACGCGCCAUGGCACAAUGGGCUCAAAUGUCGCGACUACAGGAAAGGAGACAAGCAGCUACGAACCUGGGCGAGUGUCAUAGAGCACGGGCAAAGAAAUGCCCAGAAAUGUCCGCAGUGCAAGAUCCAUAUCCAGCGUACAGAGGGAUGUGACCAUAUGACAUGCACGCAGUGUAACACUAAUUUCUGUUACCGCUGUGGAGAGCGCUACCGACACCUGAGGUUUUUUGGGGACCAUACAUCCAACCUCAGUGUGUUUGGAUGCAAGUAUCGCUAUCUACCUGAUAAACCUCACCUGAGACGGCUAAUUAGAGGCUCUGUGUGUGCCACUAAGGUGCUGAUAGCUCCUGUGGUCAUUUUGCUGGUCGUGGUGCUUGGAGCUCUCGCACUGGUGAUAGGUUUGGUAGUUUUCCCAGUCUACUAUGUGUGCAAGAGGAGGAAGAAGCAGCGCACGCAAGGCUCCGGAAGGUGGAUCUGAAACCGGCCCCGGACCUCAUCCAGAUCACGCACACACAGCUUGAAAGACGACGCCCACAUCUCCUCAGGGAUGAACACGCCGGCCCGAGUCAUCGCAAAACUCUGAGCUGAACAUCGCGAAAUUAACACCGGCAAUUAGGCAAGUACAUAAACCAGUAGAGCCAUGCCUGGACAACACACGCGUCAUCACGUCGGGAAUAUUUGUCUCUCACAGGAGCGCCAAUGCGAAAGGAACGCUUUGUCAGGAUAUUCAAGCGCAGAAGCAAAUGUGACAUCCGGAGCAACCGCUGUCUCGUAAAGUGUUUGAAUCCUUUAAAUCUCAGCUAGAUUUCACAGCCGUCAGCUAUUUCACUCAGUGAACUUUCUCGCCGGCCAACUCUUUUCCCGUGACACAUGACAGGAAGGUUCAGCAGUGUACAUUUUCAGCUUUUUUUACUCCUCUGCCACACAUUUAACAGCAACUGUCUUUCAGGAGAACAAACGCAGUUAAUAGACAGGUACAGUUUUGUUUACACCCUCACUGGUGAGAACGUGUGAACUGGAGCCUGUUGAUUUGCCUGAUGUGAUGACACACUCUUGUGGAUGGAAGGUUUGAAAUGUUUGACAGUGUCGGAUAGCAGAAAUCAUGAACGCUGACUGCUGGAAGACUGUGAAGCGGAUAGGAGGGAGCUCGCAGAUGGAUAACAAGUGUGGGGAGAUAAAAUGUUCCUCAUUGAACUUUUGCAAAAGCUUCUUCAGUCAUUUGUGCUGCAGUUCACAAGUGAAAGAUGGAAACUGAACUUGGAACAAGCCAUGAUAGAAAAAUGAGGUGUCACUGAUGCAUCAAGCCUGGACAUUGUUGAUCAUCCUUUGCUGGAAACUCAGUUUUCAUUGGACAUUGAAAAUUCCCAUAGAGGUUCAAGUGUUUGACAAGCACACACUUUUAAAAAAAUAAUAUGAUAGGACAGACCUUGUGAUGGAAGGAUGAUGCUUCACUGUUACUGGCUGAUUUGGAUUAGCUUGACUCUGCCUGAUCUCAAGGUUUUCUGAAAGGUUUGAUCAGAUCGUGUUUCCUCACCCUAAGAGCAAACUAUUGGAAAUGCCAAGUUUUUAGCAAGCCUCCAUUGUUUUCUGUUGAAUCCUCCUCCUUCUGUCUGUCCCUGUCUUCCUCACGUCCCUUUGCCCCCCCCCCUCUCUGCCUGCCUGGCUGGAUGAUGGCUCACACACCCUCCCUGCCUGGCAGGUGGUCUCUGCUGUGCCCACAUACUGUAUGCCAGUAUCUGCAUCAUCAAAAAAAAAAAAAAAAAAACAAUGCUGCUGUGGCAAUUGUGCCAAAACAAAUCGCUGAAUGUGGCAGGACAGACCUGUCCCUUUGUUAGAUUUUGUGUUAUUUGUGUUUUAGGGGUUGCCUGUUGGUUUGGGUGAUGAGGCUGUGAGUGUGUGGUGGAGUCUGCAGAACGAAAAGGACUUAGGCUCUCUGUCAGAUCACUUCGCAGGAGAAAUGACUGAACAUACAAUUAGCAAAUGGCACCUGGCGGCAAACAGAAGUAUUUUAAGAUUUCGCUUUGAAUUUUUAUCUAGUCUGGGUGAUGGUUUGCUGAAGAGCUCAACAGUUUGUGUUUGAAGAAAUGAGUUCAGAGGUUAUCAUCAGGUUGCUGUGCACUGAAUAUGUGGUGGAUUCGAUUUGGAUGUUCAUUAUUAGGUCAUCGGGUUUCGAUGCAGAGAGUGUUUUUUGUCACAUUUUUUGCGGCGAUGAGAGGACGUCCGUCUGCUUGAGAGUUCGAGUGGUGACGUGGUGGCUUUUUAAUGUACACAUGCGCCCUCCGUCAGCUCAUUCACGCUGGCACAUACUGGGAGAAAGCACACACGUGGAUCGCUGCCAGGAAGCAGGAGAUUUACAAGAGCUUUAAAGGUCAUCACCUGGCAGCAACCAGCUUGCUGUCCUUCACUUAUCCCUCUAUCCUCUCCUCCCUGCUGUCAUUCCCGAGUUUUGAAAAUGGGCGCAUGUCCGCUGGAGCUGUGGCAGGUGUUCAGCCACAAAAAUCCCCCUAACUGGAUGCUUUUGAGCCUCUGAUAUGUGGAAAUAACCCAGAGCUGUGGGUACCUGUCGUGCACGCUGCUGUCAAGUACAUAUGGGUGUGUGUGUGUCUGUGUGUGUUCAUCCCACCACUGAAUGGAGCGACCUGUUUUUUUUUUUUUUUGUUUUUGUUUUAUUGUAUUAUGAACACGUUUUAAUGAAGAGACUUGAGGAAAAGACACACAAAGACAAGGAUGAGCACAAUAUGUCUGCACAUAGGAGCUGCCACAGUGAGAAAAACAUGAUAAAAUGAUAAAAAAGCUGUUGGGAAACAUCUCCUCUAGAAGUAAACACUCACAGUUAAGAUAAUAAGUCGUAACCAGUGGAUGAUAUCCUGAGUGUUACAGCACAUUUCAUCACUGACUCUUCACUAAAACCAGGACUUAAGGCAUGAAGGAAAAGCACGGUUGAUGUAUGUGCAUGCUGGACAUUUAGCAGUGCAACGCCAUGAGCUUGGCUUUUGUCCCAGGGAUCCGAAACAUUUUCUACAUCUAGGAGUUAAUAGAUACCAACUUUUCCUAAAGGGCACAGAAAAAUUGAUACACGCCGCUUUCAGUAGGUCUUGACUCUGGGUUUGAAUCCACUCUCAGGGAGUUUGCUUUCUGUUCACUGUACCCAGAGCUCUCCAUCUUCUGUACGUGAGCUGUGCCACACAAACUGCUGAACUGCACCGUAGAGUCAAAACGCUUCUGAUGUGUUUGCCCAGAGCUGCUUAGAAACCGUAUUUAAUUCCAGGAAGCAAAAACAGUGUAGUGUCAGAAGCGAUCCAAACAUCUCAGUGAUGCGAACGUUGUCUGUGUUUCCCGGGCUGACUCAGCUGCUUUGUGAACGCUGCGUGAGGGUCAGGGCCUGAAUCUAGGACUGAGAAGUAGAACAAGAAAAUAUGCAUUAGUUCUGCAGCACUGGGAGGUUGAAUGUGUAAGUUAUGCGCCACACAAAAACAUCGAUCUGCUCAAUUGUUCACUUGCAUCGUAUGCACUCAUGUUUUAUGUAACCAGCUUGUACCACACUGACAUGUUGAAAUGCUGCAUUUUAUUAUUUGUUUGAAUGACUGACAUGUGAUUGACAUAUGUACUUAAAUUGUCUUUAGCACAGAGAAAUGCAUCAGCAGAGAGAAGUUAGUUUAAUGUACUGGGGCUGUUUUUUUUUUAAUGUCAUGAACAUACAUUUUUAAUAUCUCCAUGGAAUUUUAUUGAAAACGUUGCCCCACAGUUUUCACUGCACCACCGCUGAAACGAGUAGUCCAUCAAUUUACUCACUGGCAGAAAUGAACAAAUAGCAUCAUCGAUGUGUUAUUAAUCAUUUACAUCAUUUAUUAAGUACCAAUACCUAACAUUCGGUCAAAAUAAGCAACGUGUUCGGAGCACGGGUUUACGGUCAGAUUUAUUUUGCUGUCAGACAGUGAUUACAAAGGAGAAUUAGUUCUACCUGGUCAGGACAAAGGUUAAUGUUUUCUAACAUGUUCUGGUUGACCCCUCAUGUCUGAUUUUUCACAUUUAUAAGUGUUAAUUCGGAAUUCUGCUCGCCUGUUCAAAAUGUCAAAAUGCCACGUGGAAAUGCCAUCAUUGCUUUGUUUUGUUGUAUUCUUACAUGUGACUGACUUGAUUGCUGACAUCGCUAAUCUGAACACUCAGCAACUGUUUGGGCAAAGCUUAACAUGCAACAGUUCAUUCAGUGACAUGAGAGUUAUUUUGGCCAAUAAUAUUUCCUUUGCUGGGGUGUAUCGGCUGGCUGAUGCCCCUGGCCUUUUUGUAUGUGUUACAGUUCCAGUGAUAUCGGCAUAAAUAUGCAAUAGUGCCUUCACAGCCAUUAUAGAUCAGGGUUUGCCAACCUGUGGUUCAGGGCCCCUGCGUGACUCCAAAGAUAGCAAAUGGGGGUUAAAAAAAAAAAAGAUAUGGGAUAGAUAUGGGGCGCCUAAUGUAAGUGAAA